AUGCCACCCAAGGCGAACCUGCAGACCUCCCUGUCUCUUCCCCUAGCUCUGCCAGCGCAAGGCGAGGGGAGGGCAGCAGGCGUGGGGGGCGCCAGGGCGGGCAGCAAGGCAGCAGCGCUGAGCCUCAUCAACGGUCCUUCCCUUCAACCCUCCUCGCUGGGACUCGCCUUCUCCGCUCGCCCCUGCCCACUCUCCACCCCCGCACCCCCCUACGCCAGCGCCACCACUGCUACAACUGCCAGCUAA